AUGGAAAUCGAUUCCGGCUCUUGCUCAUCUUCCGAAGAUGAAAUUGCUUUAGAUGAAUAUGUUCACACCGCAAGCGUCCGAUUAGAUAUGGAUGAUGAAGAAAGUGCGAAAAUCGUGAUGUUUAAAAACCUUAAAAACCGGUUAGACAGUGAAGCGGAAAAAAUCAAGCAAUCCGCCCAGCAAUAUGGAGCUCAGGUAGCCGCGCAAGUUGGCCAGUAUCGGCAGGCAAUGAAUGAAGCGGGAAGUGAAACGGGAACGUCAAUAUCGAGAAAAUUCCUGAAUACAGUGACAGGGAGCUCGCCAAAUCCCGAAAAUAAUGGCUCAAACGAGACUAAUCAGAAUGCGAACGAUUCAAUGGCGAGCAGCGGAAGUGCAAUAAUGAGCGAAAUUCCCGAAGCCGAUCUUCUCGGCCUUGGAAUCAGCGACAUUCCGAGCCCAUCUGGCAAACGAGAACGAACUCUUUCCGGUGAUUCGACGAAAAGUACAGAGAGCACGUUCAAUUCGAUUUUGAAUUCGCUGCCGAAUAUGCUUUCAAGUGCGUUGGAAACGAUUCCAUCCGAUUCCGAAAGUGUUGCAAGCGAAGCAUUUUCGGUGAAAUCCGAAUCGACCAACAAUGCACGUUUGAAGCAAAAAUUAUCGACAUAUAAAGCAAAAUAUCGCGAUGCUGUUCAACGUCAUAACCGUCUUGUUGAUGAUGUGAAUAAUACAAAGAAAAUUUUGGAAAAGACCCAAGACGAAUAUCUACAAAAAUUGGAAAAACUACGCGAGGAGAAGCGAAUUUUGAGUGAGAAGCUGAGAAAUUCGACCGAAACUGGAGGCAACAGCGAGAAACUCGCAGAGGUUGAGAAGAAGUGUGAUGAUUAUCGAAAGCUCCUGGAGCAAUGUAGAGUUAAAAUAAAAGGGAUGCAAGAAAAAUUGGAUGAAAAAGAACCUAGUGGAAAUGUUGAUGAGCUUAACGAAAGAAUUCAGAAGAUUGAAGACGAAUGGACGAAGAGGGUGAAUGAUAGUGAUCAACAGCAUGCAAUCACUCUUGCGACAACGAAAGCUGAAAUGCAUGCAGCUCUUGAGAGCAAAGAUGGAGAGAUUGAACAAUGGCGUCGAAAAUGCUCUGUGUUGGAGCAGGCGGAUGCUGAUGCAAAUCAACGAUGGAGCCAGAAGGUUGAGCAACUCCAAAAUGCGAAUAAGGCACUUGAAGCUGAAAAAAAUGAGAUGAUCGAGAAAUUGUCCGAAGCGAAACAGCAAGGAGUCAAAGCAAUUCUUGAAGAAGAAGAACGACGGCGGAAGGAACUCGAGACGAGCUUGAACGAGAAGGAAAUGCAGCUCAUUGAGGAGAUGGAGCAGCUCAAAGAGGAAAAUGAGAAGUUGCGGCUCGAAAUGCACAAAUAUAAAGUUCAACUUGAGACUAAAGAAUUUAACGAGACGAAUGAAGAAAUUGAAACGUUGAAAGAUGAUUUGACGAGAAUUCUGGCCGAAAAGGAUGCCCUUGAAGUGAAAUAUUCGGAGCAAUCGACGAACUUUGAGUAUUACCAGCAGGAAGCUCAGCGUUCUUUAAUGGCCGCGCGAGAAAAAUACGAUUUGUUGCACGAUGAGUGCGAGCAAUGGCGAGAGAAAUACGAGCAACGCGCAUGCGACAUGGAUCGAAUCUCGAUAGUGGAGUUCGAGACCGCUGAACAGGAAUCGGAGAAGCGCGAGCAAAUCGAUUUCGACGCCGAGCGUAAAGGUCUUCUCGAAAAAUGUGAUGAGCUGACGGCGAAAUUCGAAGAGUCUGAGAAAUUGAAAAAUGAGAUGGAGAAGAAAAUUGAAAGUUUGAACGCGCAAAUGUUGGAGCAAUGCGAGAAAUUCAAGGCGGAGCUUGACGAGGUUAAGCAAAUUCGCGAUGACGUUGAGAAGCGAUACGCUGAGGUGACGGAGAAUGCGGAGAAGAUGAAGAUUGAACUCGAGGAAAGCAGGAAAUCGUUUGAGAAGGAGAAGGCUGAGCAGGAAUCAAGUGUUGUUGAAGAGCUUCACAAGAAACUGGAAGAGCAGAGAGCUGAAAAUGAGGAAUUGAAGCAGAAAUUGGCUGAAUGUGAGCAGCAGAUCAAAAAGAUUCUGGAAGUGGCGAGUUCGGAGAAGGAGAAUCACAUUGGAAUGGUGAAGGCGAUGGAGAAGCAACUCGAAGAAUUCAAAGAUGGAGCUUUGAAGACGGCGGAAGCGGAGAAAGAGGAACUUGCGAAAAAGCUGGAAGCGGUAAACGCUGAAAAGGCGAGUCUCGCUCGACAAAUUGAAGACGUCAAAGUUGAAUUGGAGACAGAGAAGAGUUUGAAGGAGAAAAAUGACACCGAGGCGAUUGCGGAGCUCAAAUCGCAACUGGAAAAUCUGAAAAUGCAAAAGGAGGAGCUUGUGAAGAGUUUAGAAGCUUCGGCGAAAGAACGAGAGGAGCUAGUGGCACAGAAAACGGUACAAUUGACAACUCUUGAGCAGAAUAUGGAUGUGACGAUCACCGAGUUGAAAGCAGAACUCGAGAAGAGUAGGAAUGAGGUGCUCGCGAGAACGCAAACUGAGAAUGCGAUGACUGAGGAGCUACAUGUGCUUGGAUCGACUCUUGAGGCGAAGAACGCCGAAUUUGAGGAGGUUCGCGAAUCAAUGAAAAAUGAGAUUGAUUCUCUUCAGCAGAAAGUUGACGAGACGCGAACAGAAUUUGAAGCUGAUCUUCGUGCUGCUGAGGAAAGAGCAAAACUACGGAUUGACGAGCUCGAGAAAAUUAACGCUGAGCUCAACGAGCAAGUGUGUGCUGGAAAUUCGACAACUGAUGAGCUUCAACAACUCAGACAACAAAAAACCGAUGUUGAGGAAAUUCUCAAGAAAUCGCAGGAACUUGAACAGGAGAAGUCUCGCCAAUUGGAAGAAGCACAGAAAGAGCUUGAACAACUGAAGCAGCAGAAUUCUGACGCUGAGGAAGGACGGAAGAAGUCUCACGAAAGGGUAUUAGAGCUGGAGAAGCUAGUUUCUGAGUCGAAUGAGAAACUGAAGACCGUUGAGCAUGAUUUGGAAAAUGCUCGACAAGAGGGGUCUCGAACCACGCAAAUUGGCGAUCAAUUGGAGAAUGCCGAGCAACGAAUAAAAGAGCUUGAAAGUCAGAUUUCGGAAGAUGGCAAACUCGUGGAGGGAAUAAGUGGAGAGCUGGAGCAAGUCAAACAGCAGAAAGCCGAACUAGAAGAGCGGUUGAGCCAGUGUCAGAAAGAAUUUGAGAGUGUCCAGCAGGAACGCGAACAACUGAAGCAGCAGAUUUGCGAACAUGAAGAGACCUUGAAUAAGACGCGCACGGAAUUCGAGGCAACUCGACACGAGCUUGACAAUUUGCGUGAACACGUGCGUGAGGCAGAGAAGAAGAUUGAAGAGGAGUCGGAAAUCGCGAGAGUUCAAAUCGUCAAGGCGAAUGAGGCGACCGCAACGACAGAAGGAGAACUUCGACAUGUGACAGAGAAGAUCAAAGAGCUGGAGCAGGAAAAAGAUGAGCUGAAGCAGAAGCUCAGUGGUGAAUUGGAAGCGGCGCGCGCGAAAGCGACACAACUCGAAGAGCAAAAGUCGGAAUUGAUUGUGGAGCGGGAGAAGGUGCGGAUGGAGUGCCAGAAGAAGAUUGAUGAAUUGAGCAAGAGCAUUGAGCAAAAGAUUCGAGGCGCGCAAGAUUCGAAAAUCGGGCAACUCGAAGAAUUGAAUGAAAAACUUCGCGUCGAGUUCAUUCAGAAGGAGAAAAUUAUAUCGGACCUUCGCGAUGAGCUGAAUGCGACGAGGAGCGAGUUCGAGGCGGAGCGAAAGUCGAUUGAAGAGCAGAAGGAUGUUGUGGCGAAACAAGCGGAAGAGGUUGAAGCGAUUCGGAAGGAGCUUAAAGAAAUUGAAGGGCGGGAGAAGCGAGCUCAGGCUGAUCGCGAGAACGAGAGGAGGGAGGAUCUGAAAUUGAGAGAAACGUUUGCCGCCGAACUGGAUAGUAUGCGAAAGACAAUCGAGGAGAAAGAUGCUGCUCAUGCUGAGCUGAAGGCAAAAGCAGAGAAGCGAUUGACAAAAAUGAAGGCGCAGUUUGAAGAGAAGCUGCAGAAGAUUAAUGAAGAAGCGAAGAUGAAGAUUGAAGAAGCGAAUGAGAAAUUGCGAGAAACCGAGAGGAAAAUGGAAAGUGUUGUUGUGGAGAAGGCGACCCUCGAGCACACAAUGACGAAGGUUGAGAGCAUUCAGAAGGAGCUUCAGAAUGUUAAGACGGCUAACGCGGAGCUGAAUAAGAAGCUUGAAGCGGCCGAAAAGAAUGAGCAGGAGCUGAAAUCGCAACUUGAGAAUAUGCAAGAUGAUGUGAGAGAUGGCGAACACCUCCGCGAGAAGCUUGAGGGGGAGAAUGAGCUGCAGAAGAAGACGAUUGGAGAGCUCGAGGAUGAGGUGAAGCAGCUCAAAGCAGCUAAUCAGAGCAAAGCCGCCAAAAAUGAGACGGACUCGAGGAAGGUUGUGCGAGAGCUGCAAAAGGAGGUCAAACAGCUCUAUGUGGAGUUGAACGAGAAGAACCAGCAGUUUGAUGCGCUUCAGGAAGAGUUGAAUCGAAUGAAGGCGACGACGACGGCGACGGAGAAUGGAAAAGUGGAAGAGGAGGAUAGGAGGAGCGAGUUUUCGUAUAAGGAAGAGAUUCAAUCGUUGAAGCAAAAGCUUGACGCAAGCUUGAACGAAGCUGAUACCUUACGCCUGCAGAUAAAUCGAGGGGAGGAGAUGGCCAAGAAGACGAGCAACGCGAAGAGCUCAAUGAAGCAUGAAGACAGUCACGGAAUUGCGAAUCCUGCAGAAGCUGAGUACCUGCGGAAUGUUCUUUAUCGAUAUAUGACAAGUCGAGAAGAACUAGGAAAAGAGUCAGUGACCCUUGCUCGUGUCAUCGGAACGGUUGCCAGGUUCGACGAAGGCCAGAUGAAGCAGGUGAUUCAGACAGAAGAAGCCCGACAGGCGAGUUGGGCGGCGGCUGUUGGCGGCACCGUAAGCCACGCCCUCAAUCGAUGA